CCCCCCGCCCCACUCCUGCUCCUACUCCACUUUCCUCUCUGUUUCUUCUUCAUUAUCAAGAGCUCCAAAAAGAACCAGAGAAUCGGAGAUGGAGGAGGUAAUAAGCGAACUCCGCCACCUGUUGGCGACGGUGCUUCUCGUCGGAUUCAGCUACGCCGUGGUUAUUCCGACCAUAGUCGACGUAACCACCGACGCUCUGUGUCCCGGCCACCAAGACCAGUGUCCCCUCGUCUUCUACCUCACUGGCUUCCAAGACGCAAUAAUUGGAUUGGGAGCAAUGGUCAUGACGCCAUGGAUUGGGAGCUUAUCCGACAAAUACGGAAGGAAAAAUCUACUAACACUUCCCAUCCUUCUCUCUGCCAUUCCAACAGCGAUAUUGGCAUUUGGAAGAAGUAAAAGUUUCUUCUACGCAUACUAUGUGGUAAGGACUUUUACCGCCGUGCUCACCGGCGGCACCUUAAUCUCCCUCGCCCUCGCUUACGCGGCUGACAAAGUUCUAGUGGAUCAGCGAUUAUCUGCGUUCGGAAUCGUAUCGGCAGUUUUUUCUGGCUCUUACUUGUGCGGAAACUUGGUGGCUCGAUUCCUUUCAAUCGACGUGAUCUUUCAGGUCGCUGUGUGCGCGUCGUUGUUUGCGAUUGCGUAUGUGAGGAUUUUUCUAGAAGAAAGUGUUUCGAAUAAAAUGGAUCUGUUGUCUCGGCCGAUUUUGAAGACGGAGGAAGACGGAGACGGUGCCGAUAAUGUUCCCCAAUUGCCUCCGUCUACGGCCAAAACAAUCCCCUCUUUCAAGGAAAUCACAUCGUUGCUUGGAAGAAGCUCAACAUUUUCACGAACAUUAGCAGUUUGUUUCUUCAACAGCAUAGCUUUGGGUUGGACACAAGCAUCGUUGUUGUACUACUUCAAGGCUCGUUUUCUCUCCAACAAAGAUCAAUUUGCUAGCUUAUUGAUACUCAUUGGGGCUUUUGGAGCUAUUUCACAGUCCAUUGUGGCAUCAUUCUUAUCAGCUGUGAUCGGGGAUAAAAACUUGCUUUCAGUCGCUCUCUUUGCCACCUUUAUAAAUUUGUUAAUCUUAAGCAUUGCUUGGUCAUUUUGGGUUGUUUAUGCUUCAUCUACACUUUUUCUUCUUGCUUGGUGCGUAAUGCCCGCAGCAUGCAGUAUUGCAUCAAAGCAGGUUGAGGCUGAAGAACAGGGAAAAGCUCAAGGUUGCAUUUUUGGCAUUCAAAGCUUUGCUUACGCCAUAUCUCCAUUAGUUUUCAACCCUCUAGCAGCUCUUUUCUUAUCCAAGAAUGCUCCAUUUCAGUUUCCUGGGUUCACUUUGUUAUGCCUCGGAUUUUUUACAUUGGUGGCCUUUGUAUUGAGCCUUACAAUCAAAGAAAACCCAUCCAUUUCAAGUGAAGAAGAUCCUUAACGAUAGCCUCUCUAAACAAUGAUCCAUUUGGUCUUACACUACAAUGGUACGACGUUUAUGCACCCUCUUUUUUUUUUUUUUUUUUUUUUUUUUUUUUUUUUUUUUU